AUGGUUGACAGGGUCGAUCGGGCUAUCUCCAAAGCCAUGGAGCUUGUUCGUUCUUUCAGUGAACGCGAUCCCCAUGAUCAUUCCCCAACCAAUCCUUGGAAGGAUCCUCAAGAAAUGUUAGAGAAGCUGGAUCGAGCUCGAGAAAACAUUCUGACUGCUCAGCAAGAAGCAAAGCAACCGGCCAACGUGGAAGAAAUCGACCGCCCUGACGACAACGAUUUUCGAGCCGCCUACAUGGAUAUGAUUACUGAUUCCUUUGGUGAUGUUCUGGAAGGGAUGAGAACCAGUGGAGACGAGGAAUUGGAUGUGGACGUGCUGGUGGAUUGUCUCCAAUCUGGCAUGGAUCUCAUGUCGUCCGAGGAUGUAGAGCUAUUCAUGAUGGACGAUGAUGAGGACAUUGAAGAAGAUAACACACCCACACCUCAUGAGAAACGCCGCCUUCAGCUCGGCAUUCCCUCUGAAUGCUAG